AUGUCUACUAUUAGUGCUCAGGACAAGAAGCCCCCCAGCGCUGGCACCAAGGUCGACCUCGGCGCCGCUGCUCCCACCCGCCCCGAAUCCCCGGGCCCCGUCCCCGCCGACUCCCUCGCAGCCGAGUCCGCCAGCCACGGCGGCGAGUUCGCCAAGAACAGGGGCGUCGAUCCCAACACACUGUCUUCCGGCGGCAACGACAACGGCAACAGCUCUUCUCCCAGAACCGGCACCGGCGCCGGCGCCGCUCCCGGGUCCGGCGGCGCCUCAUCCAAGGCCGAGCCGGCGCCGACGUACGUGCUCAACCAGUACAUCCGCGACCCCAAGGGGCCGCACGGCAAGAACAUCCACGAGGGCAUCGACGACCAGGGAGUCAAGGACGGCGUGCAGGAGGCGUUCCGCGCCGAGCCCGGCAGCGAGAACGACCCGGCGCGCGUGGCGGAGCGGGAGCUGCUGAAGAGCCAGACCAGGGCCGGGCGCGACGCCGGGCCCAGGGAGACGGAGAUCAGCGGCCAGACGGUGUUUGAGAGGCUAGACAACGAUGUUCAGGCGUAA